AUGAAAAUAUUUGGGGUACUUCUUCUGCUGUUUUCUGCUUUAUUCAUUUCGGUUGUUUGCGUUGCACGCGUGCACAACAGGGGACGCAUAUGCAGCACAUACACAAAUGGGCCUGUGACGCGCAGAAACCCAAAGAUGCCGUUGGGUGGAGACAUAUGCAUAACAGACGAUAUUGACGCUCGGCACCCCAAAGUGCUUGCACGAAUAGAGAAAAAAGACCAUGUGGGGAAAGCCCCGAGGCUCGCAGAAGAGCAAGGAACGGGGCAGGAAGAAAAAAAACGGCCCCCUAAGAAAAGGGUAGUAGUUAAGUAUAAGAUCCAGGACGGGAAAGGCCUGCGAAAUAUGCUGUCUCCGUCAGAGUAUCACUUUAACUGCUUCUUUGACAACCACCGCCCGCCCUACAUCAUAAGAAAGGAGCACUCCAAGCUCGCAUGCGGGGUUCCUGAACAGACGUAUUUGACGCUUACGAUGCCAGCCAUUCCCGAGCCGUACACGCACUCGGAGAACUCCACAGUGCGCAGCAAAGACGCCAGGAUCUUUUACACGCCUUCAGAGCAUCUUUAUGAGUCCGUAGUUGGGGCUUCCGACGCGUGGCUGUGGGUUAGGGGCCAGUGUGAAACCAUGAUACAGGCAAUAGACCAACUUUGCACGCUGAACAAAGAGAGCGAACAGUACACAGAGCCUGAAGUGUUGAAGUGCCUUGCGGUGGGUGCGAUGGUGUACGACAUGGCCAGGGUGGACCUGCUCGACAAAGUGCAGUUUUCGGUUUCAAGGCACAGAAUGCUCCUGGAGGCACUGGAAAGCUACAAUCCCCCGAACACCGCCAUUAAUCAAAUGGCAGCAGUCCACUUUAGAUCUGAGGCAUACUCAAUACGAAAGGCCUUUAUGCUCUUUGACAAAAUACACAACCUCUUCAUAAAAGUCCCCGAUGCCAUGAACAAGAAGUCCGAUGAGUGGAAAGGCAAAAUUCGCAUAGUUAUGAAGGGCCUGGCGAGCAGAGAGAUCCUUGAAAUCUCCGAAGCCUUCAGCGGGUGCACAAGAAGAGAGCCGUGCUUAAUGACUCCUGAGGUGCGCAAAAUGUUCUUCUUUGUGGACUUUAUAAAUCGCCCGUAUGAGAGGGAGCAUAUGCAGAGCAGCAUGGAGUAUCUUAUGGAAAAACCACUUGAAACCCUCUUUGACGACACAGAAAUAACAGAAAAUAUAGGGAAAAGGCUGGCCCGAAUCCUAGGACAGAAGCCUGUGAAGAUAGUGCUUGUCCGCGGCAAAAAGAACACUAUAUACCUGGAUCCAUUCCUAGAUUACUUGAAAAAUGCAAAGGCAAUUCUGCGGGACUAUAGCAAUGAGUGCAUCGACUACUCAAAUGCAUAUCUGGCGAUGAUGGACAAGAUGUGCUUGGAAGACGGAAAUCUAUGCCCUGCGUACCCCGUAGAAACCUCUCAGUACGAGGUGGAAGCGCGUGUGCGCAACAUGCUUGCACUCUCGGAAACAAAAAGCGCAUCUACACCUGGAAAUGCAACCACGCAGAAACCUGUCCAAGAGACAACCCAGACGGUGAAGCCAGAACGUGCCCAUGUAGCAAUUAAUUCUGAGAAGUCAAGGCCUUCCCUAGAGAAAAGCCUGACCGAACCAGUAAAGCCUGAGCAACAAGCAAGUACGAAGCCUGCUCGCGAGACGAGAAUUUCUGCCAUGCAUAGUCGUUCCAAAGAAACGCUCUACAAAGCCCUAGAAGGCACUGAUUUGGACUUGAUCCUGGAAGAAAAGUAG